AUGAAGACUGGUAUGUUACAGUUUUAGCAAAGGGUAUUACAAAUCUAAUCACGUUAUCAUUGGUUUCACGUCUGGUUUUUCCUGAUUCAGCUAUUAUUGGUAGAGCACUCUCAUCAAUAUAGGUAUAGUUGUUAAUUAACUUAUAGAUGUAAAACCAUGUCCAAAUAUUCAUGCCAAUAAGCUACUGGUAAUAACUCCAGUUGAUGUAAUCUAGUUAUGUACGAGACAUCUGUGGUAAACCCAAGAUUUAAGAUGUAUUUCGUUGCUCUUCUCUGCACCUUCUCGAUGUCUUCGAUUAACUUAAUGGAUUGUGGGCACCAUACUUGGGAUGCAUAACCAAAAUAGAUAUGAAGACUGGUAUGUUACAGUUUUAGCAAAGGGUAUUACAAAUCUAAUCACGUUAUCAUUGGUUUCACGUCUGGUUUUUCCUGAUUCAGCUAUUAUUGGUAGAGCACUCUCAUCAAUAUAGGUAUAGUUGUUAAUUAACUUAUAGAGUAAAACCAUGUCCAAAUAUUCAUGCCAAUAAUAACUAAUUUAAUUAAUGGGUACAAUUUAGUGUUCUGUACAGGGAUGUAACGAAGCAUCUGAAGUUGGGGGGGGGGAUGUCGGAGGAUUUUACUUAAAAUUUGAACUUCAAUGUUAAAAAUUAAUCUGAAGUGUUAAUUAUCAUAGGCGUACGGGAAGAAAAAAAUUGGGGGGGGGGGGAGGCAGAAAGAAAUUUGCCCGACUUUUUCGGAUUGUGCCCGUGUAGUGUUGGAAAAAAUUUUUUUGGCGACCUCCCCCCCAACCCCCCCCCCGGUCGCCAAAAAAAUUUCGGUCAGUGUGCCAUUUUAGGGGUUAAAAAAUAUUUUUCGGACAUACCAAAAUUUUUCGGAACCUCAAACAAACUUUCCCAAAAAUCGAAAAAUUUACAUAUUUCCAAAAAAUUUUACAGAAUGUUUCCCAUUUAUUUUUAUAAUAACCAAAUACUGCCCGACUGUGAAGGGAAAAUUGCCCAACUGGCUUUGUUUGUCCAACAAACUGGGGUUAUUAUUAAGAGAGAUUUUCUUGUUUUGACUACUUUUUGCCCGACUUUUGCCCGACUUUUGCUGAACAUUUGCCCGACUUUUCGACUUUCUAAUCUUGUUGGGGGGGGGGGCAGCUGCCCCCCCCCUGCUCCCCGCCCCGUACGCCUAUGUUAAUUAUAAUAGAGGUUUUUUUCUGAUUGACUCCACUGUCAUACAAAGUUUCCAAAGAAAAUGCGGAUCUUCUGGGGGUCCUCUCCCAGAAUUUUUUUAUUUUUUUCGUAUACUAUGCCCCUGCAUGUGUCGGAAUUGCUUUAAAAGUUGGACAUGAAGCUACGUACAACCAACGUUAACCUCGUACCCAGGGCUUCUGCGCUUAUUGCUCUCGGAAGCAAUAAACGCAGAAGCCCUGGGUACGAGGUUGACGUACAACCACAUAGUACAAUUUAGCGUUGUAAAAAAUAACAGUCUUUAUCUUUUCAUAUAGUUCUUCAAAUAACUGGUAACUAGGAAUUUGAAUUUGUUAAUUGAAAUGUAUAGUCAAUAAAUACUUAUAAUUGUAAGCUCUACAGUCGACUAAGUUAUUUUAGUUUUAAUCAUUACUAUACUCCGCACUCCGUAAUCCGCGUUUUCUGCCCAAUCUGUGACAUAAUCAUAGGGCCCAAGCCCCCAGCGUGGUCAGUUAAAAGCCCGCGAAAUUUUAGAAACUAAAACAUAAUGGCUUGUAGCCGAGCUUUGUAGUAGAUCUUUAAACAAAGAAGAAUUGUUCAAAUUAUGAUAAAAAAAACUGUGACAGCACCAGAUAAAACUAUCUUCGACAGGUAUCUAGAUAAAUAUCGCGUUUUUGUCAGCUUCGCUUCAUUGCUCCGCAAUAAGCAAUAAUUGUUUAUUAUCAAGGAAAAUACAUUAGGGCCAUUUAUACGGACAAAAUAAGACGCGACUUACAUAAGACGCGACUUAAAUAAGACGCGAGUUUGUCGUAUAAAAGGUACAAUCCAAGACGCGUCUUACAUAAGAACAGGACUUUUAGCUGUUCUUAUUUAAGUCGCGUCUUAAAUAAGAAAUUCUGGACAAAAAUUCUAUUAAACUACACAUGUCCGGAACUUGAAACAACGUAAAAUUAUUAGCCUUGCAUAUUAAAACAAGAACAACCGAAACAACAUUAUAGCUAUAGCAAGUAAAUAAGAAUAAAGCCGUAGAGAAUCAUUUAUGCGAUAACUCCGCUUAUAUAAGACGCGUCUUAUGUAAGUCGCGACUUAUUUUGUCCCGUAUAAAUGGCCCUAUUAUUUUCAUAAUAGAUGUACUGUAGUUUGGUUGCCUUGCCCUUGUUGCUGUUUUUCAGUAAGUGUUUCAGGGCAGCAGUUGGUUUCAGUUGGUUGUUUCAGGGCAGCAGUUGCCUCUGAAAGACAACAGCUGGUUAUAAACACCAUACGCUGCAUGCACGAUAGUGUUCAGUGAAACCAGACCUAGUUACCAAGUCUCCCGGCAUAUUUGGCGGGAAACAACUAGUGCAUUUUGUUGACGUUAAUCAUCAGCUCCCUCGUUAUGGUCCGAAAAAAGUUGGCCGCAUUAAUGGGGUGGUGGCUGUUUUAACAGGGUAUCUUUAUAAGGGAAUGUAUUGUUUUGGCAUUUUGGGGGACAAAAAUAACUGGCCGGAAUGAAGAGGUGACCAUACUAAUAGGGUGCAUAGCCACUGUAAUUUGAUGAAAUCUCCCAUCUUUCUUAUGUUUACCUGCCAUAGGUAAUUCCCUAGAUGUGAUGCAGCUUAUCAAAUCAUGAUGCUUGUGAUUUACAACUUUUCCUGUGAUAAGAUAGAUCACAGACAUAUACUAGCUGUAAUGAUUUACUGCCAUAAUUGGCCUUUUGCAGUAGCUGCAAAUUGUGAAAUGGUUUGACAGAACAGAUAUGAUUUCAGAUUAUAUGUACUUUCAAAAAAUUUAAUGUUGCCAUUAUUUGUAACCAACGAUAUUAAUUCUUCGAAAUUAUUAAAUUCCCUGUCAUUCUGACCGUUCCCAGCCGGAGCUUGGUGAAAGUACUGCAACUCCCCAUGACACUGGCCAGCUGACCAAAAAAUGCUGGAUCUCGAGCCCCGGGCGGUGCUCUAGCUGACACUAGGAGUUUAGGUUAUAAACAAUUGUUUCUUCAUUAAUUAUUACUAUCUGUACUUCAGUUCCGACAUCAGCGACCUGUACAUCGGAGUCCUGCCUUAACGGUGGUACAUGUUUGACGGAUGCUAGCGGAGAAAGCAGAUGUAGUUGCCUCGAGAAUUAUAUCGGAGCAGACUGUUCUGAAUCAAUAAGCUGUACAAGCGAUGCUCAAUGUGGCAACAAGACAUGUAAGGUGUAUCAGGGUCAGAAUUAUUGUGAUUGCGGUGAUGAUUUGACUGGAUUUUUCUGUGAUGUUGCUGUUUCACAAGGUGUGCUAAGUUUAUUUAUGUUCACAUUAGAGUAAAGAGAGGUGGAUUGAAGGGUUAAUUAAAACACCCAUCUUGUACACUAGGGAUGCACCGCAUAUCAUAUCCAGUCCUAUAUCCAGACUGGAUAUAUAUAGUGAGAUAAUCUUGAUGUCCGGUAUUCGGCCGGACACUUCUAAUGCCUUGUCUGGCCAGAUACUGGACAUUGUUUAUGUAAGGUUCAGGCCUUGUUUUCAGGUUAGAAAAUAUGAUUUGAUAUUAUUGAAAAUGUAGGGUUGUCUAUAAUAGUUUAAUUGAAAUGAUCAAAGUGAAGUUGUUAGUAUUGCCAUGCUGGUUUGCGAAUGCAAAAAAGUGAAUUUAAAUUACCUUUGAAAUUUGUGGGCAAGAUUUUUCCAACUAUAUAUGUAAGUUUAUCAAAGCUAGACUGUGAAGUUCUUUCCUAUAUUAUUAUUAUAGAAGUCAAAAUAUGGUAUUGGUACCACAGUGGUCCAAGGUUUUCAGUUUUCUGUGAAACUCUGGCUCGCUGUGAAAAAGCUAUGGCGAACAACACAAAACUAGGGGUUCUUAGUGCCGGUGUCACAGGAGAUUUGCCCCCCCCAGGAGAUUCGCCCCCCCUCUCAAAAGGGGGGCGAUAUUCCUAAGAUAUUCGCCCCCCCCUUUAGGAAUUUCGCCCCCCCCAUAUAAAUUUUGAAUUUUUGAUCUAAAAACAAAACGAUUGCAAGUUGAAAAGAUUUAUUGUGUGAUUUAUUUAUUUAUUACAAGGAGACAAAAUUACAUACACAUUUUAGUCUUCUUAGCAGCUGGUGGUGUGCACAGUCUGCAUAACCACUCAUUUGAGGUACUUAGACUAGUGUCAUAUUCUACACAUCUAAAGUGGAACCAUCACAGAGAUCGCAUAAAAUCAUGUUGUCGUAUUCUUCUGGCAGUUUACAUUCACAUAACAUAUUAUAAAAACAAUCGCUUGCAAAUUUUAUCAAUACGAGUGUUAACAAUAGCCGCCACAGUAAUCACUUGCUAACAAUAAACUAUAGGAUUAGUAAAAAAUCUAUGGAAUGUAUUGGGAAGCGUAUCAUACUAUUGUCCGUUGAAUCGUCAACUUUCCGUGUCAGUGAUGUAAUCUUGAUUCUUCACUUCCGCAAAGAAAAUUGCACUAUAUAUGUGGUGUGGUUUAUUCAAAUAAUUUCAUGAUACUUUGAUUUUAUUAGUGCAUGCAUGACUUAAACAUUCGAGAAUGUAACUCUGCAAAACUAAAAGCUUUCUUGUCUUUUUUGAAACGUAUAUUAUUGGAUUAUUGCCUAUUGGCAAGUUCUACCCUUCGCUUCUGAGAUUUACAAACUAUAUUGAAAUAAUGCAAGUAAAAAAUAGUGACAAACCAUACAUUUUCCGAUAACGACAAAACGUGGAUGCAAAACAAUACCAAUAAUUACAAUAACCACCACGGUGAUUACUUUUUAACAAUGAGUUUAAGGAUUAACACUGAAAAUGCAAAUUGCAAAAUAUGCAUGGUGUGCUGUGAAGCGUCAUAAGUCCUAUUGAGUAUUGAUCUACUGUAACUGUGUAAAGCCCUUUCGAUACAUGUAAUUGUAAAUUUGUAUUCUUACAUGCAGGGCUUGAAAUAACGUUCCCAAAGUUCCCGAUCAUGGUGAUCGGCAGUCGUGACUUUCCCUGCUUUAAUUUUGGAAACCGAAACCCUGCUUUUCCGCCGACCAUAAGCAAUUCCUUGCCGAUCAUUGAUCGGUGAUCGGUUGUUAUUUCAAGCUCUUUCUUAACAAUUUUGAAUUGAUACUGAUUUCAAAUGAUUAAAGCUAUGUAAUAAUUAUCCCAUGCAACUGUUAGGAAGGGCGAAAUUUUGAACGGAGGACGAAAAUCCUAAAGAAAAGGUGAAGUUUCUAAAGGGGGGCGAAUUUCCUAAAGGGGGGCGAAAUUCCUAGGAUUUUCGCCCACCUGUGGGGGGGGGCGAUAUUCCUAGGAAUUUCGUCCCCCGGGGGGCGAAAAUGUAGGGGGGGCGAAAAUCCUGGGACACCGGCCUUCGCUUCCCUACUACUGAGAAUAAUCUGUAGACAAAGUAUAGCAAAUAUAACUCCAGUGAAGCCACCAUCUCUAGUAUAUAUAUAACGCCAGCAAUGAACGCUAAUCCCUUUUCAAAAUUAUCCGAUGACCUCCAAAUGUUCUAUAGGUUUGAUAUCAAUCCAAAUUAGCACCAAAUAUUAUCUUUGCAUAAUUGCAUGUCCAGCAUAUUUUGUAGCUACCUGUAUUAAGCGUGUUUGACACAGCCAGGGCUUGACACAUGGACUAAAAAACUAGUCUUUUACAUUUUGUCCCUAUUAUCUCUGGAACUUUUGAAGAUGAAGCAGUUCGACUGUUGCUCUCGUGUGCGGCAGUUUUAAGUUAUCGAAGUCGUACUGCUAUUAUUGUCAAUCAAGUUAAUGUUGCCUUUGUUGACACUCAAGGGAAGCUCAGAUUGAACCUCCACUCUUUGAGCGUGAGCGUGAGUGAACUUUUAGAAUACAGGCGUAAAACUUCUUCCGAGCCAAACUGAACUGAAGGUCAUCAGCCAUCAUCAUGUAUACUGUAUGCCUGACCCAAACUCAAAGUCAUGGGACAUUUUGUCAGACGGCCCUGUAAAAUAGCCUAUAUUUGAAGGCCUGAAUUCAGCCAAUAUUUUUAAAACUGUUCAGAUACUGUAAAACAUUUUCUUUAUUUCCGCUAGAUACGUCAUUCCCGUCAAAUGAAGGAAUAAUAAACAACUUAAUACACUACUGGACAUUCAACAUCAUUCCGUUUGGGAGACUAUUUGUUGAUACAAUUGGACGUAAUCAUUUUACCAGAAAUGGUACGUAUAUUACUACAGUGCAGCAAGGUUUUUUAGGGGUGUGCUUGGCAACCAAACACACCCCCACCCAGCAAUGGCACACCAAACCCAGCACUGGCCAGCAGCGUACUGUCAUGAAAGUGCAACUGGUAGUUUCGUGCUUACAAAUUAGCCUACAUAUAUGAUGAAUAAAUAUAAUUUAAUAAUUAUAUAAAAUAGAAAAUAUGCCCAAUUCUCUUGAUAUACUGUGAUUGUGUGAAAAAGACCAGAUGGUCAAAUUUGAACAUUUUAUUGCUUUUGUAAUUUUUAUUUUCAUUAUCAAAUACUUGUAAUGUUAAACGUUUGCAGCAAAAUUAAGAAUUUGCUUUAUUUAAUCAAAGUAUCAAAUUAAAAAAAUUAUUAAUAUUGGACUUAUUAGUAUUUUGAACUAGUUCUGUGGCCUUGAAUUCCAAAAUUGAAAGUUAGUCUAAGACUGAUAAUAAACUUUGAAUACCUCAAACAUUUAGAAGUACGAUUUUGUUUAUUUUUUUGCGGGUGCACAUUGUAAUAAACAGUGUUACGCCAUUAACGUUGAACUUACAAUGAAUAUAUUUUUCGAAUAUAAAACGUGAUAACAUGUUAUGUCUAGACAAUUGGGGGGGGUGUCCAACUUGUCAAUGUCAAUGUCAAUGUAUUACAUCCCCCUUCUUAAACUAACAAAAUAUUAAUAUAACUUUAAUAUGAACCGUUCGAAUAAUCGUGUCCGUGUUUAUCUAUAGGUAAUAAUAGUCCAGUUACUAUUGGCAGGAUAAGUUGAAAGUAACUCAGAAAGUUUGAUUAAAUCUAUUUCAUUUCAUGACACAGUCUCUGUAUUUUAUUGGUAGCGCUGUGGUUCUCAUUGGUCGUCCCUGAUUAGGUGGGUUCUGGAGGUCUAAAUCUGGUGGUUGUGGAAUAAUGGUCGGUUGUUCUUCACCAACAUCCUCAGUUUGCUCUAUUAUGGUUGAAUCGUUGCUUUGGCAUUUUCUUGUAACUCGAUGUGAUAUUCUCCUUCGACGAGACCCAAACCAAUGAAUACAUCUUUGUAGUCCUCGAUGAUGUCUGCUUUCUUUUCCUGGAUUUCACUGAUUUGAUUUAUGCUAAUUAAUUCAAGAUUCUGACAUGUUUGUAACCCAAUCAGUGCUUUGGCAUUGGGAGCCUUGACAACAAAGAACUCGACUUCCGUUUUCCGGUCUGCAGUUUGCUCGAUUUCUAAAACGCAUUUUCCUUUCACGGGAACCUGUGCUCCUCCAUAUGCUGUUAGUUUUGUCCCAGUAGCGAUUAGUUGUGGUUUCUGCUUAAUUCCGUCGAAAAUUUCCUCGGGUAGCACAUUGCACUGAGCGCCAGUGUCUAUUUUGAAAUUUACAUUUUUGCCGUUAACCUUGAGGUUAGUAAUUAAUACAUUUUUGGCCGUUGUUGUCGUAAUUUCUCCGAUAAACAAUUCGUCUUCCUCCGUACUAGAAUUGUCGGUAGUUUCUUCUUUUCGAACUUCGUGUACGCGUGUUUCUGACAUUUGAGUGUUGAGGUUUUUCGAGCGGCACAUUUUGGCGAAAUGAUUAUUUCCGUGACACUUGCGACAUGUUUGUCCAAACGCUGGGCAUUGUUUUGGUGCAUGAUUUGAGCCACAUCGCGAACAAGGUUGUGUUUUGCUGACAUUUCUACUUGGUUUCGUUUCUUCCCUCUGGUAUUUACUGCGAGAGGUUCUUUCAAAAUUCUUGUGAAUUGAUUCUACUUCGAGCGAAGGAUUAUUUAACUUUUGUACUUGGGUCUUGCUUGUUUCUGCGGCUCUAACGAUGCUAAUCGCCUUUUCUAACGUGAGGUCGUUGUCUCGGAGCAAACGCUCUCUGAUGCUGUUGCUGUCGAUUCCACAAACGAUUCUAUCUUUAAUUAAGCUGUCCUGUAGUGAUUCAAAUUCACAGGUCUUUGCUUUGUUGCGAAGGUCAAGUAUAAAUGCAUCGAGUUUUCUUCCGUUUUGUACACACGUAUUAAAUAUAUAUCGCUCGUAUGUCGUGUUUUUCCUUGGUGUACAGUAGCUCUCAAAUUUCUGAAUGAGCGGCUCGAUCUUAUCUUGUUCAAUUUCAGUAAAGGUGAAAGUAUCAUAGAUUUCCAAUGCUUCUUCUCCGAUUGUAUGAAGGAAAAUUGCACACUGAAUCUCUUCGUCUUUUUCGUUGGCUCCACUGGCUUUCGCGUAAAGAUUCCAGCGUUGUCUCCAUUUCCUCCAGUUUUCUGCCACAUUUCCGUCCAUUUUUAACGGACCCAUAGGCUUCAUAUGUUCCAUGAUUGUAGUUUCUCCUGACACCAUGUAAUAAACAGUGUUACGCCAUUAACGUUGAACUUACAAUGAAUAUAUUUUUCGAAUAUAAAACGUGAUGACAUGUUAUGUCUAGACAAUUGGGGGUGUGUCCAACUUGUCAAUGUCAAUGUCAAUGUAUUACACACAUCCCUGACCCUGUGCAUCCCUUCUAUAAAUCCAUGACCAUUAAAGAGGGCCCCCUAUACCCCUUCGCAAUAUGCUUUCACGUAAAAAUAUUUUGCCUUUUCACGAGUCACGAAAAAUUGAAAAAAUUCCUUCACGUUCACGGAAAAAUCGAAGCGAUCACGAUUCACGUAAAAAUAAAACAAAAUUCACGAAUUAUUAUAGGAUGUCUUCCUUAAUUGUAGAAUCAUUGUACUCGUCUGUACUUACCUCGACAUGCUUUCAAACCUCCAACUAUGUCGAAAACAGGCUUCUGUACUUCAAGAACUUCAAAAACCAGCAACAAACCGUAUUUAUACCUUGGAAAGCUGAUCACACAAAACAGAUGAUUCACGAAUCACGCAUAUUUCUAUCUGCCAUUCACGGGUCACGGUUAAUUCGAAUCUUUCCUUCACGUGCACGUAAAAAGAUUGGAAGUCAUACUAUCACGAAUCACGGAUUAAGAAAAUCAUCGAUCACGUUUCACGGCUAAGUAAAAUAAGCCCAUCACGCUUCACGCAAAAAGUAUAGGGGGCCCUCAUUAAAGCGAGACACGUAUAUACUGGAAUAACUAAAAUGAAUUUUUCCAGUUUAUGGCUCUUUAAAAAGUUCGUAGAGGACUGAUUUAUGAGGGAGUUGGUAGUCAGUGAUGAGGGGGGUGUGGGGGAUGUGACACCCCAAAGUACAAAUCAUCUGGAUUGGCAGGGCAAAUCAUCUGGAUUGGCAGGGCAAUGAAAGAUUUUAAUUAAAUGAUAGAAUGUAGAGUUAUUAAGUAGAUUCCAGGGCUUCCAGAGAGAAUUGAAUAGAAUCUAUAGACCUAAAUUUUACAGAUAUUGGUAAAAAAUAAGGGUUUCAUGCAUGAAAAAUUUUUUCGCGCCUUUCUUGAAUGUACGGGAAAAAAUUUCGACCCCAACAUUUUUGGGAGAAAUAGUGGCCAAAAAAUUUUUUUGCUGCAGGGCAUCAUCGGCUUUCGCAGGGCAAUUCUAGCAGUCACCCCUCUAAUUAAAAGGGGCUAGCUUCGCCCCUGUCAGUCAUCUACAUGUUUAGAUAGCUACAAUGCAGGAAAAUAUUAUUGUGGACAGCGCGUGCCGUGAAUAGAAAUAUUUAAUAAUAUAGGUAUAUAUCUUGCCCAAUCAUAUACUUGCAAAACAGAUACCAAUAAGUGUAGUACAUGAAUAGUACAAUACUUUAUAGCUUGCGAAACUAAAGUGUCCACGAAAUUUCUGCCAUGAUUGUAGCACCACUGCAGAAUUCUUAAUUCAACUAAGUUUUGAAGGAUCAGUCAUUUUGAAUUUGUGUUAGCCUCUCAGACUAUGGCUCGGUAGUUUCCCUUUCUUUUUAACUUCUCCAGUCAUGGUGGAGUUACACAGAACUGUCUUUGCUUUGUACAUGGACUCUAGUCAACAAAAGGGCGUGGUCACCAACCAAAACCGCGCCCACGAACGGAAACAGAAAAUUUGCCCGACACACACACACUAGUGUGGCGGAUAUGUGCAUGGAUGUUUCCGAAGAGGGUUAAAAGCACCAAAUUGUGCACAGUGGCAUCUUUUUAUGAGUAGAACAACAUGCAAAAGUGAGGCCAUCGUGAAACUGUUUUUUUAGAGAGUUACGAUGCUAUUAGCAUUAUUUGCUAUUAAAUUCUACUGCAACAAAAAAUGUGAAAUUUUGAAUUCAAUCGCGAUGAAUAUAACUUGCAUCAUCAGAAAGCUUGUAAAAAACUACAUAAAAGACUUUUAAACAGUUUUUUAUUCUUCAUAUGGUUAUUGCUGUAAAUUAGGCACAUUAUUUCGCUAAUAGUCCCUAAUUAAUUAUUCGAUGUUUGAAAAUGUGUUUUUAACAGUUUAUAAUUUGAAAACUAUUUCAGAAAUCAAAAAACUGUCUAAACGUCUUAUAUGCAGUUUUUUAUAAGCUUUCUGAUGAUGCAAGUCAUAUUUGUUGUAAUUGAAUACAAAAUGUCACUUUUUUGGCUAUUAUAGAAUUCAAUAGAAGAAAAUCACUAAUCACCCGUUUUCAGGAGUUAGCAGCAAAAUAGCGAUGGCCCCACUUCAAAUAUCUAUUAAGCAAAUAAACCUACAUCAAUUGUAAAAGUUUGAUGCUUUUAACCUCAACGGGAACUACUGGUCAAUAAUUUUACACAUAUCCGCCUCACUACACUGAUUGAAUUACUGACCUGAUUAUUGAAAUGAUUGAAUACCUUAUAUUCAUCAUUCGCUUCUGUUUGCUUUUUCUGCCCUGUAUUAUAACUAGCAUUCCCGCUUUAUAUACUGUAGUGAUCUAUUUGAAUUUGAAUUUAUUGAAUUAGUUAUCAGCUUUACAGUGACGACUGGAGAAAGAAACAGGGCGAGUCCCCAAUUGACAUAAAACCCCUCUAUUUUAGAAUUGUUAACGGAGGUGCCUUGCAUGGGACUUAUCGUUUCGUUCGCUUCUUUCCUUUUGGGAAACGAUGUGUAUUAAUUUAGCAAAUAACAGUACAAUUAGAUCAUGAUAAAUUUAGCUAGAUUUCAUUCGAUGUAUGUUCGUGUUUUUCAGGAGAUACGCGUUUAUACAGAUCUGCAGAUCUUGGAAAUGUAGCCAGUUUGAAUCGGUUCGGAAGUGGAUCACUAAUCUCAGGUAAUCUAUGCAUAAAAAUCCGUCAGAAUGAGAAAUACUGUAGGAGAAGAUCGGCCAUUAGAAGUGAGCCAAUGCUGUACAGGGAUGGUGGGUUUUGCAGUAUAUCUAAACACCAUCGUGCAACACAUGCCAGAGAAAGAAAGUAAUUUUAUGAUUUUGUUUGUUGUAUGAAAUAUUAUAUUUAACAAUUAUUCGCCGAAGGCGAGGUGAUUAUCGGGGAAUAUUCGCCGAGACGAAGUCGAGGUGAAUAUUCCCCGAUAAUCACCGAGCCUGAGGCGAAUAAUUGUUUUAGUAUUUUUACACAAGCUUUUGUGUUUUUUGAGACUGAAUUUUUUUUAAUUUCGCUUAUUUCUUUGUCAGUAAACUUCCACAAAACGGGUAGCCGCCAUUUUGAAAAUUUCUGUUUUGUUAUAUUCACCUGUAGGUGAAUAUAACAGCUUAUUACGUCAAAUUUGACCAAUCAACGUGUAGGAUUUGUUAUGUUCACUUGUGCAAAAAUACUAAAGCCUUUUAUUUUGCGGUAAAUGGAUAGAAAUUUCGGAGAGAUGUACCCGGUUGCGAAGAGUGUCAACAUUUUUAAAAUUUGGUAGGAUUUAGCAUUAUUGUACAAUUAAAAUACAGUUAUUCCAAUUUAUUUUUAUUCAGAUUUUGAAGGUCACAUCAGUAAUAGUUAUUUUCAUAACAUUACUUACUGACCCAAGAAUUAAUAAUUUUCUGACGGUUCAUACCCCCAAGGCCUCCCUUUGAGAAUGUCCGAUCCCUUGUUAAAAUUUUAGGACGACACUACUGUUCUCAUUUUAGGUACUCUAAACGAUCCAUGUUUGGUGGCCCCGUACAAUUGCACAGAAGGAUUGACAGUUUCAUUUUGGCUGCAAUUUAUAUCUGGAGGAAUCAUAAUCCGUACAGGCAAGGCUGGUUUCCACGUUUAUGUCGAAGGUGGAAAAUUCCUCAUCACCUACCAAGGCGUGGACAGAAGCUGGACCAUAGAACGUGGAUGUAUUCCUAUGGGCGUCUUCCUCGUGACAGCCACGUGGAGUGAGGCUGGCGGAUUGUCGUACUACGAGAAUGGGAAACCAGUGGUCUCAACGCAAAUCUCCGAUCUGAGUUCGAUUUCUGGGAAUUUUGAUGACGUCAUCACUGUUGGGUAUGAGGAAACCUCGAGCGGGAAAAGAUAUUCAAGUUUAAUCAUCGAUGAUCUGAUGAUAUGGAACCGUACCCUAAGCUCUGAGGAUGUUCGAACAAUUCAUGAUGCUGGUGAGCCGUGUAAUCUUUACAGCAUUAAGUAUUUAAAUUAGUUUAAUGGCGAGCUUUCGUCCUAUCAGGCUUAUAAGCUUCACCCAUUGAAGCAAGUGAUUAAAAAUAAUUUGAUCAGAGAACGUCUCAACUUUAAUUUUUAUUUCAUAUUUUACAGUAUACAAGUUAGUUGGUUACUUAGUAAACAAUUACAUUUCAAUACAAAUGAACGGGAUUUUUUGGAGAGUGAGUGCUCUCCUAGUGAGUGAAACGUUUGACCAGUAGCAUAGCUAGGAUUUCUAGUUACUGAGGGUAGCGAAAAAAUCCCGGGAAGGGCCCAAGCAAUUUUCCCCUGCGCUAAUUCAAAUAAAGUUUGUUUAUUCUGUGAAAAUGUAUUUGGGCUUUCACGCUAUCCAUAAUAUAGAACAAUUAACUUUUAGGGGUGCGAGACUAUGCUCGUCCCGAAAACGUUUUUAAUUCUAGAGUUAGUAAACUGCCAUUUUUAGCAUUUUGAGCACUAUUUUAAAAUGCGGUUUGAUGAUUUUAAAUAACCAUUUAACACAUAACAACUCUACCUAUAAUCACAAGUGAAUACAGAACAUUUAAAACAUAGGAAGAUAUAAAAAAUUCCAUAACAAGAAAUGAAAAUAUAAUGUGCAUGGUUGUACUGGUCAGAAUUUUUCCAAGAAUGAGCCCAAUAUUUUGCUAUUUUCAAGACACUUUUUUGGCACGUUAUCAAGUUGUCCAAACUUUGAAAUUCUCUUGGUGUUAAAGAUUAGAAUUAUGUGCUUAUCUCCAAAGGUUUUCAUAAAAUUUGGAGUUGAGCGUUUGAAUACACAGCGUUGGAAAGCGAGGUAUUUGUGUGGGUUAAAUUUUGCCUCGUGUCCUCGUUAUAUAUAAGCGGUCUGGUGCUGAGGAAGAACCUUCGCUUAAGAAAUUGAAGUGUCAUUUUAUACGUUGUUAUUUCAGGAUUCUCAACCUCAUUUGGUCGUGCAUCAUGUCUGUCAAGCCCAUGCGAAUCAGGAUCAUGGUGUGUUCAGGGUGCUUCCUCUACUGAACAUGCCUGCCUACAGCCCACCAGUAGUGAUUGUUCAUUUGAAGAGGAUCUGUGUGGUUUCAACGGUCUUUAUGCUACAAGAACGUCGAAAAAUAACCAGAGCGCAAUCAUCGAAAAUAUGCCGUAUCAUGAUCACACGUUUGGGAACUGUACAGGUAACAAGUCUUAGACGUGCUCAUAUUGUGGUAUACUUUACGUUUUGGGCACAGUUCCAUGUUUGUAUCAUAGACGGAUGUUUUGGGGUGCAGAGGGGUGCGCACCCCCCCCCCCAAUAUUACUUUGCACCCCCACCCCCCAGAAAUUUAAAUGCUCAUUGGAUUAAAUGACAUGCAGUAUUGUGAUUGAAAUAAGGAUUUUAAACUGAAUAAGACUAAAAUCAUAUCAUUUUGUACUAUAAAUAACACCAUAGUCCUGGCUUAUUCAACCCAGCGUUUAUAGAAUAGUUCACCUAACACCAUCGUGGUUGAUUUAACCAGGAUACAUGUGAUCAAAUUAACCAGGAUUAUGGUUAAAUUGGCUAAGAAAUUUAACCAGGAACAAAGUGGCACUGUCUUUAAAAUUUUCAUUGUCUCAAACGAAAGAACUCCUAAUACUGUAAAGUAACUUUUUUUGAAAAAAUUGGUUUUCAUAGUUUGUUCUUGAGAUAUUUCAUUUUGUUUGAAACCAUGUGACGUCAUUUACUCAAUUACAUAUAUAAUAUAUAAUACAUAUUUAAUGGGAUAUCAAUAAAUGUUGUGUAUCUUUGUAUUAUUGACGGCCAAUUUGUUUAAAAAAAACAGUAUGCGUUUGUUAAAAAACGCGCCGCAUCUUUGGAAAGAUUUUGAUAAAAAAUAGCAAAGAUACGCAUCAACACUGCGCUGACUGAUCUAAACGAGGAUUUGAUUAGAAUGCGAAACUGGUGCUUUGAUAACCUGCUCUUGCUGAAUCCAGACAAAACUAUAUUGAUGGUCUACGGAAGCCGCCAAUAGCCCGCGUGCAGGCCCAAGGGAAGAAUAGUGGGCCUGCAAGCAAGGCCCGGUAUUUUGUACUUUCCGCGUUCGCCCACGAACGCGGCAUUCUGAUUGGCUGUUUGCUGUUGGAUUCUAUAAUUAUAUUUAUACAUCACUUAUCACAAAGGCUCUCGAUAAGCUUAAAUUCCAAAAUUGAUCACUUUUUUCGAUUAAAAAUGGAACAAGAACAGACUGUUUAUUGUUUACUUGAAGGAACUGUCAAAUGCAUGAACGAUUGCGCACCUGCCUACUUAUCGUCCCAGUUCAAAACGAGAGAUGAAGUGAGUGGUCGCGAUACAAGAAAUAUUAAACAACUGGACGUUCCGUUAUACAGAUCAACUGCAGGACAAAGAACAUUCCAUUACAGAACUGUCACUCUCUGGAUAUUAACCCUGACUUACUGUCGAUGCAAUAGAAGUGUUGAUAAAAUAUUGCACCAAUUCCUUUCCUCAAGUUGAUCAAUUCAUUUGAUAGAAAAUUGAUCAACUUCCUGUUUACUGGCAUGCUUGCUCCCAAUUGGUCAAUCAGCCACUGAAACGUAAAGCCAUUGGUUGAUUCAAACACACAGGAAGUUGAUCUAUUUUCAACGAAUGAAUUGAUCAGUUCUAAGGAAUGAAUUGAUGCGAUAUUUUAUCAACACUUCCAUUGCAACGACAGUAAAACUUUGCAAAUUUAUUCCAAGCUUUAAAAUUAAACUGAAACGGGAACAGCAAUUUCUAGAUAGUUAAGGGCAUGUUUUUCUUUUGUUAAUCAGUAAGCGUUGUUGUCAUUGUCGUUGUUAUUGUCCUCGAUGUUGUUGUUGUUGUUUUUGCUGUCGUUGUUGAUGAUGCCUAUGUUGCUGUUGUUAAUGGUGCUGUCAAGAAUUGAUGUCGUGUUUGUGUAUAAAGUAAUUGCGUGAUCUUAUUACAUAAAUUUCGGAUCUAAUGUAUAAUUAUAGUAAUUAAUUGAUAUGUAUAUGUAUUUUUGUCACUGAAAAGCCCCUUUAGGAGAGUAUCAAUAAAGUCAAUAUUCAAUAUUCAAUACACAACAAUUACUGAUAUCUCAUUAUAUAUAUAAUUGAGUAAAUGACGUCACAUGGUUACUAACAAAAUGAAAUAUCUAGAUCUCAAGAACUAAGCACGGGAACAAAAAUCUUCAAAAGAAGUUACUAUAUAGUUUUAAGAGCAUUUUCGUUUAAGAAAAUAAAAAUUUUAAUAACACUGUCACUUUAAAGCCUGGUUCACAUAUGCCUGCGACUGUAUCAUUAUGCCUCUACUUGCCGCCGAAAUACCGGCAAAGUUGAGCUCAAGUCAACUUUCCCGGCCUACCGCCGAUGUAACUGUGGCACUGGAGGCAAUCGACGAACAAAUGUUAACAUAAUUUACGUUUUAAAGCUACCACCGGCAUCGUCGCCGGCACGUCGCAGACAUAUAUGUGAACCAGGCUUAAGUUACCCCAAACAUCGUUAAUUUUAGAUUUACCAGGAUUUUGUAGGGUGUGUUCGAGAAGUGCGUAUUAUUUACCAACUCCAUGUUACCUUGUUUUAGUUCCGUCGGCAAAAUAUCUGGUAUUUACACCAACUACUGUUGGCGAUUCCAUCAUCUCCUUUCUCGCCUCCCAAACAUUCGUGUCACCGAGAGGACAUCUAUUUCGUUUUCGUUUCUGGUACUUCAUGUACGGUCAAGAUGAUGGAAAUCUGAUUGCUCAUAUCACGCAAGAUUCAUCAACCUCAGUUCUUUGGAGCACUACCUCACGUAAUGUUAGGGAUUGGCAAUUUCAACAAAUCGAAAUGAAAGCGGCUCAGAGCUUUUCAGUAAGCGUUUUUUUUUUCUGUUGUGGAAUUUGUAUUUUGGACCGUUUCAUUUUUUGGACUUGCAUGAGCGGUCGUGUUGUAUCGGAUAUACAUACAUGAGCUUGUGGUUAGAGCUGGACAACUGGCCUGUGUAGCUCACUUGGUUAGAGCUCAACUACUGGACUAUGUAGCUCAGUUGGUUAGAGCUCAACAACUGGCCUCUGUAGCUCAGUUGGUUAGAACUCAACAACUGGACUCUGUAGUUCAGUUGGUUAGAGCUCGACAACUGGACUCUGUAGCUCACUUGGUUAGAGCUCGACAACUGUACUCUGUAGCUCAGUUGGUUAGAGCUCAACAACUGGACUCUGUAGUUCAGUUGGUUAGAGCUCAACAACUGUACUCUGUAGCUCAGUUGGUCAGAGCUCAACAACUGGACUCUGUAGUUCAGUUGGUUAGAGCUCGACAACUGGACUCUGUAGUUCAGUUGGUUAGAACUCAACAACUGGACUCUGUAGCUCACUUGGUUAGAGCUCAACAACUGGACUCUGUAGCUCAGUUAGUUAGAGCUCGACAACUGGACUGUGUAGCUCAGUUGGUUAGAGCUCGACAACUGUACUCUGUAGCUCAGUUGGUUAGAGCUCAACAACUGGACUCUGUAGUUCAGUUGGUUAGAGCUCAACAACUGUACUCUGUAGCUCAGUUGGUCAGAGCUCAACAACUGGACUCUGUAGUUCAGUUGGUUAGAGCUCAACAACUGGACUCUGUAGCUCAGUUAGUUAGAGCUCAACAACUGGACUCUGUAGCUCAGUUAGUUAGAGCUCAACAACUGGACUCUGUAGCUCAGUUAGUUAGAGCUCGACAACUGGACUCUGUAGCUCAGUUAGUUAGAGCUCAACAACUGGACUCUGUAGCUCAGUUAGUUAGAGCUCAACAACUGGACUCUGUAGCUCAGUUAGUUAGAGCUCAACAACUGGACUCUGUAGCUCAGUUAGUUAGAGCUCAACAACUGGACUCUGUAGCUCAGUUAGUUAGAGCUCAACAACUGGACUCUGUAGCUCAGUUAGUUAGAGCUCAACAACUGGACUCUGUAGCUCAGUUAGUUAGAGCUCGACAACUGGACUCUGUAGCUCAGUUAGUUAGAGCUCAACAACUGGACUCUGUAGCUCAGUUAGUUAGAGCUCAACAACUGGACUCUGUAGCUCAGUUGGUUAGAACUCAACAACUGGACUCUGUAGCUCACUUGGUUAGAGCUCAACAACUGGACUCUGUAGCUCAGUUAGUUAGAGCUCGACAACUGGCCUCUGUAGCUCAGUUGGUUAGGGUUCAACAACUGGACUCUGUAGUUCAGUUGGUUAGAGCUCGACAACUGGACUCUGUAGUUCAGUUGGUUAGAGCUCAACAACUGGACUCUGUAGCUCAGUUAGUUAGAGCUCAACAACUGGACUCUGUAGCUCAGUUAGUUAGAGCUCAACAACUGGACUCUGUAGCUCAGUUAGUUAGAGCUCGACAACUGGACUCUGUAGCUCAGUUAGUUAGAGCUCAACAACUGGACUCUGUAGCUCAGUUAGUUAGAGCUCAACAACUGGACUCUGUAGCUCAGUUAGUUAGAGCUCAACAACUGGACUCUGUAGCUCAGUUAGUUAGAGCUCAACAACUGGACUCUGUAGCUCAGUUAGUUAGAGCUCAACAACUGGACUCUGUAGCUCAGUUAGUUAGAGCUCAACAACUGGACUCUGUAGCUCAGUUAGUUAGAGCUCGACAACUGGACUCUGUAGCUCAGUUAGUUAGAGCUCAACAACUGGACUCUGUAGCUCAGUUAGUUAGAGCUCAACAACUGGACUCUGUAGCUCAGUUAGUUAGAGCUCGACAACUGGACUCUGUAGCUCAGUUGGUUAGAGCACUGCACCGGAAUCGCAGGGCCGCAGGUUCGAUUCCUGCCAGGGACCUAAAGUUGAAUUUUUCGCUUCUGUUCCUGGUUAGGUCUAAUCAUAGCAUAUCGCAGGGAAGAUGGCUGUGAAACUCAUUUCAAAAACAAUUUAACUCAUUAUCUAUGUUAGUCAACGUUUAUUCAUAAAUACGGUCCUUCACAAAUUUCUGCUCCAUAAUUUCCAUCUACAAUACCCUUCAACUAAUAUUCAAAAUCUUUUCUAGCUAACCCUUACGGCGUCUGCUGGUUCUGGAGUAAAUCUGGUAAUUGCCUUGGAUGACAUCAGCCUUCAAGUCUGCAGUAAGAAUCAUUCAUUUCUUCUCACUCUCUGUAAUAAAAAAAGAUGGCCUAUACUGGAACUCUAUGAAAAACAGUUUAGAACCAAUACGGCUAUCCAGCAUACGAAUAAAGUUAGUCUAGUUUAGGUUUCCCCCUGUAGUACUUAAAACUGGAUCAGUAUGACACUUACUGAAACUCUUGGGAGAACAAUAGGGCCGUCGCGAAGAGACUAAAGAUGGGGAGAGGGGGCUGUAAUAUCGGAUUUUAUGGGGGGGGGGGGAGGGACAAAACUAUUUUUCCGGUCAUUAUAUUUUUCAUUCACUUUAGGCUUAACGUACCGUUAUUCGUGACAUUUUUCCUUAAUGUUUUUCUAAAUUUCUCCAAAGUUUUGCUAUAACUAGUACUUUUUAUUCGGUGUCGCUCAAAUAUUUUAGUUCUUUUCCUUCGUAUUCAGUUAUGUUUUGCCGACUACGAAUACAAUUUGCAGACAAAUUCGUCAUUUUGCCGAAAAUAUGUUUUCUCAACUCCCCCCCCUCCCAACCUCCCCCCCCUCCCCCUACCGACGGACCUGGAGAAUAGCUUAGAUCUGAUAGACUGUUUAGACUGUUCAGUAUAAAGUUAAUUUAGUUUCGGUUUCCCUCUCAUCUGAAAACUAUAGGACUGCAUUGACUGACCAUUCAAUUGGCAAAUUUUGAAAUUUAAACACGUCGCGAUCCGAUUUUAGUUGGUUUACCAACUCUUUUCUCUCCGGUCCGCCAUAAAUAAUGACCAGUCCCACUCCCCACCAUAAAUAAUGACCGGUCCCUAAUGAUCUUUACUUGCUCCGGGCAAGCGCUAAGUUACACCACUGCUAAUUCAAUGACUAUCGUAUCCUUUAUAGAUCCUUAUCUUCAGCCCACUGUCACAAAUGCCAACCUGGCAGAUAAUGGUGGCGUGAACAUCACGUGGUCACAUGCUGGUUGUUUUGAGACUUUUCCCCUCACUACAAUGGUUUUUUACCGAACUUUAAACUCAACAGAAUGGACUCUACAUGCUACUACGGAAGACAAUUCUCAUGUAAUCUCUUCAAUCCUUUUCCCACCUAAUGCCACAUUCGAAUUUAAAGUCAACACGCGUUACGUUGUUAAUAAUGAGGUUGUUAUCAGUGAUGAUAGUGUGGCUUUUAAUUUCACAAUUCCUGGUUAGUGGUCUUGUAUCACGACUGUAACAGUGUCUAUUCAUGUUUAUUAAUGUUUAUUUUUAUUUGUAUUUUCCAAUCAUUCUUUCAAUACUCAGGUUUUGCUCGCAAUCAGAAAAAAGACCAUCCCGGUCGGGCGGAAUAAAGCCUUCAUAUGGAAAAUUAUAUUCCACCACUUGACUAAGAUCCCACCUAGCCCAAGGUGAGAUCUCACCCAACUAGACUGGCUCGGUCUCGUUUGAACACAAAUUGAAUUUUGUAUGCCUUAAGAAAGGGCUAGGGGUGGACAUUCGACAAGUUGCUGGGGGGUUGGGGGCGAUCUGGCACCGACUUUCUUGUUUUCUGCAACAAACAUUUGUGACGAGUAGAUUAAAUAACUCUUAUAGCAGAAAAUUGGCGCCAGCUGUUGAUACACUUUCAAAGAAAAUCGAGACCGACUUCAUGUGAAUUUGGACUGGGGGGGGGGGUGUUCAACCCCCCUUCCAAACCACCACCCCCUCCUAAUGUGCGUUCCCUGGAAAGGGCAUGCAGAUUUCACUUAGUAGGCGAGUCUCCCUCUUACGUGGUUUCAUAUGGAUUAAGUCAUCUGACGUGGUUUUACAUCUACUGUGGUUUUAUCUACAUUCCAAACACUUCGAGAUUUCGAGCGAAGGCCAACUACUAACUAUUGAGUGCCAGCAAAUGCUCAUAUUCCCACUGACAUUACAAGAGUUAGUUUAAGGACUCUUGUGGGAAUAGCUAAUUUGACCCCAAUAUAAGGUUGCCAUUACAUGCCUGUAUCGAUCUGCAUGUGCAUGAAGUACUACUCAUCGAUCACUUUACCAAUUACCACAAACUAGACUUUACAAACUUUCUUACAGCAUAAAUAGGGUCAAAUUCUGUUUGCUGUGAGUUAGCAACACUCUAUUUUAUAAACCCACACGGCUUUACAUUUGCCGUGUUUUUCUAUUUUUGGCCGUGGUAACCAGGGUUUUUCUCAGGGCUUUUUUUAUGGUGAGUUUUGAAACUCAAUAAUUUCAUCAGACGUUUCAGCACAGUAAAAUGUGACGUGGAAAUAAUUUUUCCCGUUGGAAACCAAACAAAGUACGAAAAAGCGAAUAUACUAGCCGCAAUUCGUUUCAUAUCACAAAUUCAAAGCAAUUUUGAGCUGUAGAGCGGUAAUUGUGGGCAAUUGUGGAACUUCCUGGGCCUUUGACCAUGGGCACCCGGGGAGCUUAGGAGAGUGCGAGAAAACCGCCCCAGACCCCAAGCUGAUUAGGUAAACUGAAUCUUCUCUGCAAAAACGGACCCAGCAAAAUAACCUAAAAAAAUCCCUGGGUAACACGCUUUCUAGCCUACUAUCGCCACUAGCAAUAAAUAAACAACCUGUCUUUUAUAUUCCAGAAUCUUUCAUAUCUUCAACAUUGACUUUCGAAGCUGCACCAGCAGUGCCAUCCAACGUAUCCAUCUCAGAUCGCGGAUGGCUUUUGAAUCGAGGAAUAAACGUCACAAUAGCAUGUAAAGUUGCCUCAGUAACAAAACCAACAAUAAUUUUGAAGAAAGAUAAGAUUAUUUAUCCUACAGAACUGCUAAAAGAACUAACAGACCCUCCAUCUGAGGGAACCAACCUGUGGCAAGCUACAAUGUCAAUCCUUCCAUUCGAGGACGAUGACGCUGCUAAAUACAUCUGUGAAGUAAAGUCUGGAAAUGACAGUGUACUAUCUCGAAUAUUGUACCUCAAUAUACAAGGUAAUUGACGAGUGUCAGCUAAAGCAGUAAAUGCAGUUUAUACCCAAUAACCCAAAAAUUCAAGGCAAAGUCAAGAAAAUUAUCCAUUUUAACGAUCGUUUUUUUCCAUAUGAUCGGCUGCGGUCGUAAAAUAUUUUUUUUUACUGAUUUACUUGCCAAUUAACGAUGUUCUAAAAUGUUAAAGUGCCUAUGUCAUGAUUUGUGUGAUUGUAUAUUUUAUGAAGAAAUGCAAUAUAUCUUUAAAAGAAAAUAUUCCAUCUUCGCAGGAUUAUCAGGCCUCAAAGUUACCGGAUAUGACAUCAAACCGGGAAUUGCAAAUUAGAUUUCUUAAUAUGUUUCUAGCGUAUAAAAUUCCCGAUUUUAUGUCAUAUCCGGUAACUUUGAGGGCUGAUAAUCCUAUGAAGAUGGUAUAUUUUCUUAUAAAAAUAUAUUACAUUUCUUCAUAAAAUGCACCAGAGAUAAAAAAUAUUUAAAAUCCCAAAUCAUGACAUAGGCACUUUAAAGUCUAAUCUAUAUCCUAUUUCGCACUCGUAUACAUUAUGUUUUUCGUUUGUGAACUUUUCUUGCUGUUCAAAUAAAAGAUAAACUAAUGAGAGCCAUGAUGCCGGAAUAUCUUACAGUAUACCGCCGACAUCACUCCAAAAUAUUUCCACGUUUAGCAAUACAGCUGACAAUUUUGAUCAAGAAACGUUGAAUACAACCAUAUGACACUCUACGAUGGAAUGUAAUAUUUCAAAUCCUCGUUAGUGUUUUAGACGUGGUUUCUAAAUACAAGUGCCAUGAACAAUGGCGAGGCGCAGCCUCGCCAUUGUUCAUGGCACUGGGGAUUUGGAAGCCAAGUUUAAAACACUAACGAUGAUUUGAAAUAUUACAUUCCAUCAUCAGAUAUUCAUAGCAAUGAGGCAUGAAAUUAUUAGCUAUUCAAAAAAGUGACUCGGCGUGGGACAUUAACGAUUACAUUCGCUUGAAAGUUUGCAUGAAGUGUAACGAAGCAUUCAGUUCGCUUUCGUCGGGAAUAGAAUGAUGAAUUUUGUUGGCAAAAGAGCAUGUCAUCUUCUUAUAAGAAAAAGCGGUUUCGAAAACCCAAAAGUGUUGAGCACAGUAUUGAAAAUGUAAAGAAAGCCACUCGCUGAUAAUUAUAAGGAUGGAGAUCCGUACCCCGAAAAAAAGAAAUCAGAUUGUGUGUGUGAUAAGGCGCUAUCUGGUGGAAUAUAUUAGACGGUAAACAUUACUGAUAAGUUGCUGUAUUAUCGCUGUACUGUUUAUUAUGAUAGUUGGUAAACAAUCGUAAUUUUCCUUUUCGUAUAUUUAUGUAGUUUUCAAACGUUCAGAAAACGUGUUAGAUGUAAAGUGUAGUAAGAAAAAAUUUCUAAAUACAGCUUACUGUAUUUAGAAAUAAUUCUAAACAUAGCAAUUAAAUAUAUUUGCAUAAUCUUUUGUUUACCCCUCAAUUUCCCUAUUGUUCAAAGCCCUUCCCACUUAAUUAAUUAAAGUCCUGGUUUUCUCUUCUGUGGUCCUGGUCUAGACGGGGUAUCCAGAUAGAUACACGUGAUGUAAAUUACACCAUGUCAUUGGCCGAACUAUGCUAUGAAUAUCUAAUGAUGUGUUAGAAAUAUAAAUAUUUAACAAUUAUUCCCCGAAGGUGAGGUGAUUAUCGGGGAAUAUUCACCGAGACGAAGUCGAGGUAAAUAUUCCCCGAUAAUCACCGAGCCUGAGGCGAAUAAUUGUUUUAGUAUUUUUACCUCCGCCAGGAGGUUAUGUAAUCAUCUGGGUUUGUAUGUGUGUGUGUAUGUGUGUGUGUUUGUCUGUGAGCACGAUAACUCAAGAAAUACCAAACAUAUUCAUACGAAAUUUUUUGAAUGCAUUUCCCAUCGGCUAAGAAAGAACUGAUUAUUGAACGAGAAAUGAACAAAAUUUUGUCUUGCUUUUCCCGGUCAAUUAAAAAAAACUCACUGAAUGCCUAAUUAGGACGUGUAUAAUGUAUACACGCAGUACUAAGACAAUAAUGAGAUGAUAAACCACAUUAAGCUUCAGCCUUCAUUAUCUGUUGUCUUAGUUGCAUUUCACACGACUGAAAUUCAAUGCGGGCGGAGGUAUGCAGUCUCUGAGUGCCCUCUAGUUACACAAGUAUUUAGUGUUUUUUUUGGGACUGAAUUUAUUUUAAUUUUGCUCAUUUCUUUAUCAGCAACUUCCACAAAACGGCUAACCGCCAUUUUGCAAAUUUCGGUUUUGUUAUAUUCAUUUGUAAGUGAAUAUAACAGCUUAUUACGUCAAAUUUGACCAAUCAACUGGUAGGAUUCGUUACAUCUACUUGUGCAAAAGUGCUAGUGUUGCUUAUUAACUGCUGACUUUCACCUUCAUUGUUAAGACACAUAACAUAUUAACAUAACAUAAUAAAUUAUCUUUUCACCGUCAUUUUUAAUGUUGUUUAGGUUCGUUCGUGUAUGUGCAACACAACGGUUCGUCAAGUCAGUUCAUUGUGAACUAUGAUUCCAGAUUUGAGUUUUUCUUACGUGGUCUUGGGGAAGCAUACGAUGAGAUUUCCUUAGAAAGAAAAGACUGGUUAACUGGGCAGUAUGUACGCAGCGAAGCUCAGAUGAAUGUUGGAUUGUAUGAAAAUUUUUACAUCACUUUUACUGGAGUAUAUGAUAAAUGCAGAUGUGCGCAAACUGGGCAACAUCGCUUCAAAGUCAGGACUAAUGGAGUGAACAUCUCAUACUAUGAUUUUGAAACACUUCGAUUGACACGUGAGUAGAAACAUGUACUGUAUAUUAGAAUAAUUUUAGCGCCGUUGUGACGUCUUUUGCGGGUAAAAUGAACAAAACACAUUUUAGCCCGCUGAAUUUUAAUUUGGUUACGUCCGGGGCCCAACUUGCGGAGAGGGGGCCCUGGCAUGCUGGAAUUGCGAAAUUUGUUAAAUUAAGAAUUUGUUCGGUGAAUUAUGGAAUUUUCUGGAAAAUUUAGGUCGAAAACUAGUGUUGCGAAAAAUUUUGGGAACUUUUGUUUUUGGAAACAUAACGUCGACCUCCCCCUGUCGCCAACAUUGUACAACCAGGAGGCCCUGGAAUGAAAGAGGGGCCCAAAUUUUUUAAUACACCUCCGUAAACAGAUACUGCUUGGCACGGCCCUGAUGUAUCGCAAGGGAUCAAAGGCAGCAUACACAAUUUGUUGAAGGAAAGAUGCCCAGCUUUUUUUGGCCAGGUAACUUGCCCAAUCGGGCAAGUAAGAUAAAAUGUUUACUAAUUUACUUGCCCGUCAUGAUAUUCACUUGCCCCGGGCAAGCAGGCAAGUGUUAAGUUACACCUCUGCCCACCCCUAAUGUACAUACCCUACCCUAUUCGACUGUGAAUUUUAUUCAAUUUCGGAGUUUGGCGGUUUACCGAGUCAAAUCCGAGUCUAAGUGAAUUGUCCGAGUCACUGCUUAAUUAACUGUCUUUGUCGGUUCAAUGACUUAGUACCCUAUAAACCCUACUCCUAACCCUAUUCGACUGUGAAUUUUCUUCAAUUUCAAGUAAUUUAUUAAUAAAAACCUGGGGUUCUGGUAUCGGCUUCACUGAAAUUCAUUACAACCAAUUAUGCACAACUGAAUGGCUGGAUCUAUCUAGACUAUCUUUGCAAUGCAAUUACUUUGUUGCCAGUGUUUACAGAUCCAUCCAAAUAAAAUUAAGAUGAACUUUUUGACAUCCAUUACAUUACAAUGCAUCCAUAUUAUUCUGUUUACUCAGUCAGAAUUGUAAAACUAUAUAACACUAUUAUAAACAGGAAAGAAAUUGUAAGCAGAUUGAGAAAAUAUACACUGAAAUGUGGUCAUGCACUACAGACGAUUAAUAUAUGAACAUAUCUUGAGGAUAUAUAAAAAUAAAACUUAAACAGACAAUUAACAUAUUAAUAUAUGUCUUGAGAAUAAUCUACACUUGUAGCUCUAAAAAGUGCUGGAUUUAUAAGCACACUGCUAAACUCUAGAUUCUUGACAAACCGCUACACAAACAUACAAAGCUAAAGGCAUUUAGUACACUUUGACUCCUCGUAUUAGGACAUUGAAUGAACUUAUAAAUGUUGUUUUGAUCAAUCGAUUAGUGGCUAUGCUAGUGCCUAGUGGACUGUUAAUAAACUCAUGAAACACUCCUAUAUUUAUCGAAACUAAAAAGUUUAACGCUUUUAUGUAUGUCAACAGAAAGAAAUAAAACCAUCCUUACCUGAAUUAUUCUAAAUAUUGUAGAUCGUUUAAUUUGCAUCCAUAUUAAAAAGCUCGUAUUAAAAUCUUGAGAAUUGAAAGCAUGGUGACUGUGCGCAAAACAAAAUAUAAUUAUAUUUGCCCGCCCUCUUCAUUUAAAAAAUGUCCCUGAAGCUUAAUUAUUUCCCCCUGGAAAAAUGGACAGACAGACAAACAGACACAAGUCGAGGUCUCGACAAUACAUAGGUCGCGCGAAAGACUGGGUCGAAAGGACUCUGGGGAAACCCUAGGACGGCAAGAAUAGUGUGCUGCCUCGCUGACGCUCGGCAGCAAAUAGAACAUUUAUAGUACGCGAGCGUUGAUUGGUCGAGAAGCGUGUUUCUACACGGGAAAUUUCCCGCCUAAACUUACAAUCGUAAACAAAACAAUUUUAAUGCAAAUUAAGAAACGUUGAAAACAAUUUUAACUACGCAGCUCACUUUGUAACUAUUACAGUCAAAGUACAAAAACCUUCCCACUUCCGCUUAUAGCUUGUUUUGAAUUUUAAUAAUUUGCUCUAUUUUUUUCUGUUGUGAUUAUCGCUUUAUCGGCAAAUAUCGCGGUAGAAUUUCCCUUUCUUUUCUUUAUAUAGGUCAAUUUGCAUAGCAAAGGAUACACCUUUCGUUAGAUUCUUUGCAUAAAAGUUGGGAAAUUAGGCUUAUAGCGAUAUUUGCUGAUAAAGGCAAAAAGCGAUAAUCGCUACAGAAAAAUAGAACAAAUUACAGAAAUACAAAACAAAUCACAGAAGCGGAAGUGGGAAGGUUUUUGUAUUUUGACUGUAAUUUUCAAACAAAGUUCUUUCUUGCAGUGAAAUUGAUGGAGCAAAAGUCGGCAUUAUUACGUAAUGAGAAUUUGUAAAUAUAUCGAGUCUACUGCAAAUCUUUUUUUAGUUAUUUUAUGAAAUAAAUAUAAAACAUUUAUUAUGUGUGACCCAUACAGUUAUAGAAACACUUGCAGUAGUUUGGGAGAACUCGAAUAACGUGGAAAACUCGCCCUAAGCCUAUAGAAUAUAGGUCUCGUUUUCCCACUCAUUAUAUCCAGGCAUUAUGCUAUGUUUGUAGUAAUAAGGCUUGUCAAAAAGCAGUUGAAAUUUUCAAUAACCGCAAACCUGUAGACGCUCAGAAAUGCCAAGAUUGCAUGUGAUAAACCUUUUUUUCUUAUUAUGAAAUGUCACUCGCUCCAGGUUUCGAAGUGAAGCAGCGCAAAUUAUUAAGUACGACUCAUGAAAAGCACGCCUGUCUAAAUCAAAAUUAGAAGUACGCCUAUUUUACUCGAGUAAAAUAUGAAUUAAGUUCGGCUCAUGAAAAGCACGGCGUCUAAACCGGGCCUAAGUGAGGCUAAGAGAUCAUUAUUCAUGGCCAACUCAACCUCUUCUAUAGUUUCUCCAGCUGCAGUAAGAUUCAUGUCAUCGGCAAACAGCCGAUGACUAACUUGUCUUUAGAAGACAGAUUUAUGUAUAAGAGAAACAAGAGUGGGCCAAAAAUGGAGCCUUGUGGGAUACCGCAUGUAACACGACUCUCAGAAUUUAUUACGUCACCAAGUUGACAUUUCUGUUUACAGUCGGUUAAAUAAGAUUUAAUCAUAGACAACGCAUUUCCGGUGAUACCGUAUAACUCCAAUUUACGCACUAGUAUAUCAUGGUUGACAGUGUCAAAGGCCUUCUUUAAGUCAAGAAAUACUACUAAAUUAAACAUUUUACGGUCCAUGUUCAUAUACCAACUAUUUGUAAAAUCUAGAAGUGCCGAAGCGGUCGAAUGAAACUUACGAAAACCAAACUGGUGGUCAGAUAGUAACAAAUUCUCAUUAAGAUAUUCAUAUAACUGGUCGUACAUAAUUCCUUCCAUUAGUUUACUUAUUGAUGGCAAAAUUGAAGUUGGUCUAUAAGAGGCAGCAGCCUUGCCACUUUUCAUUCAGAUGGAAAGUGGCUAGAGAUAAGCGCAUGAUUGAAAAUAUAAGUAAGUGAGGAGGCAAUAGAACAGGCUGCAGCUUUUAAUAUCUUCGGUAAUCUUCCCUGAUAUUUUAUCAAGGCCUGUUGCCUUAGAUCAAAGCCCGUGGCUUUUGGGCACCUCGUGGCCAAUUUUGAGUUUAAACGGAGUUCGUAAACAUGCCAUGUUCUACUGGGUGUACAAAAAAAAACAAGACUUUUGGAAAUCAAGCUAUUUUUGGAAUUUGAAUGUAUCGUACUAUGCUGGAACCACGGGUGCGUAAAGAAAGGACGCUGGGGGGGGGGGGAUAACGAGGAACGACCAAUGUAUAGAUGUAAGGGUUGGAAGCAGAAUGAAGGCAAAAGGAGACAGCGAAUAAGAAAAACGUUGGUACGCGAAAAGUAGGAAUGAAUCGGUCAUAUUCGUUCCUGCAACACCAAGGUGAAAACCACAGAAGGAAUGAGAGAUCCAGGGGUCAGGGUUGAAAAUCAAGGUAGUUGAGAGAACAGGAACGACAAUAAAGAGUAUGGUGCAGGGAUCGAAUCCUUUUAAACAGAAUCCUUUUAAACAGAGAAGCUGUAAUAAACAACACUGUUUGGUAAUGCAGAACGGGAGGGAAAAGCUUGUGUUGUAGAGCUGGAGUGACCUACGGAAUUCGUUACGAAACACCCCCAGAUUCUUUGCUAACUCCGUUGAGGUUCAAUUAGAAAGUUUAUCACGUGGUACAUAAAAUCAAUCCCGCGCGUGCAAAUCUUGAGGGAGCAAUUUACUAUUGAAUUUAUUUACAAAUAGGGUUUAAACUACAAUAUUCAGAAUUAUAAUGCUGAGCUUUAGAGUCACACCCCUAUUGUUAGUAUAUAUAUUUGACUAAUUCGAGUCAAUUUAAUAACUGUAUGACCCUUUGUAACUACCUAAAGUGUACUUUUUAGCAAUAUUUCCUUGUUCCUAACAAGCAUUUUUAAAAUUUGCAAUCUAUGUGGUUUUACACCCCCAGACAAUUUAUGACUUAUGAAGUGUAGUCCAGUGAUCUCUAUAUGUAUCUGGAACAAGAACUUCAGUCAUUCAGUCUACGAGAAAAGUGAAGCCAAGAUAGCGGACAUUCACGUCCAAUAGCCAUGAAGGCACUGUAUAUAGUUCACUGCAUGAAGGUCGUACCCAUUUUACCCAGCUGAUUCCAGUUUUUCCUAACGGAUCGUAUCGCUAAACAAGUUAUCAGUUCAUAAAACCAUAGUGAUAUUCUUUAAAUCGAUGGCACAUUCUUUGCCAAGAUGGCGGAAAUUGAAGAGCUGUAGCACGUCAGUUUCAGUCCCUUUUUAUUGUUUUUGUCCGCGCGGUUAACACGAAGCUGGCUUUACGUUUUGGACGCGAAUUCUCGCUCCAGAUAUAUAUAGAGCUCACUGGUGUAGUCACGCAUGACAAAUGUAGAUCAGAUACUCGUGCUUUAUAUAUAACAUUUUUUUUUUAAUUUUCAGAGCCCGAUCCACCUGAGUCUGUUACAGUAACACAUAACGGUACCAGUCGUGCUCAAAUCACGUGGAAUUCUCCAGGAUGUAACGAAGGACCAAUAAGAGGCGUUCGUGUCUCAUUCUACCAUGGUAACUCGAGCACACCAACUUAUUUUCAGUCCAAUGACACGACGUGGAACUCCUCCACUGGCGCAGGAUCUUUUAUUAUUAACGAUUAUGAAUUUGAAGUUAAUGAGGGGUAUAAUUGGACGGUAGCUGUACUCUAUGAUUACGGAGAUGUAACUAUUUGGAGUCAGGAAAGUUCUCUUGUCUCGACAAUGAUCUCGGGUAUGUAAAAUUCUGCUCACAUAACUAAAGUUAUGGCAGUUUCAGAGCCACCAGUUUCAGAGGUGGAAGUCAGUGCUGUAAGUAACUUCAUUACCACUAACGAAAUUACAAGUAAUUGUUACUUUUUUAAGUAACUGUAACAGUAACUAGUUACGUUUUGAAAAGAGGUAACUGUAACUAGUUAUAUUUUGGCUUAAAAUGGAACGAUAACGCGUUACUUCUUUUUACAGUAAUUUGAUUGAACUCACUGCCAAUGUAAUUAGUUAAACAAGUUACAAAAAAUUCAAAGUAACUUUGUAACGGUAACUAGUUACAUUUCAACCUCGUACCCAGGGCCAUUUUACCUCAACGGUACUGACGUCGAGGUAAAAUGGCUCUGGGUACGAAGUUGGUUACAUUUUUAUGUGUUGUUAACUUGUUGCGGUAAAUAGUUCCUUUUUUGAGCGUGUAACUGUAACUAGUUCCAAAAAAUAAGUAACUUUUGAAGCGCUGGCGGAAGGACUAUUUGUACCACUUGUAGAGUUGUGUUUUAUCAUAUUUAAAAUGCGAGGGUGCAGGCCAAGCACAAUGGAUGCCGUUUCAUUAAUAAAGAAUUCUAAUUACGAUGAGCUUUAUAAAAAGAAUACAUACUAAUAAUAAAGAUGAGUUUAUCAGGUAUAAGGCCACUUUUUACGUGACAUAUUUUCAUUGUUGUAUCGGAUGUAUUGUGAAAUGUCUUGAUGAGAACAUUCGUAUUCUUCAACAAUUUAAAUUAAUGAAUGAUAUUUGGUGUGAAAAUUGAACACAAUGUUUAUGUAAAAAUUGGCAUGAUUUCGUAUCAGAUAUACAAAUUCCUUCAUGAAUUAUUGAUGAGUUUCACAAGUAUUUAAAAUAACUCUUAUAAUUCUCUGUAUUGACAUUUUCAUUGACAGAUGCAUUCGACGUCAAAAUAUCAUUACAUGAUGACAAUUCUUUCGUGGUCAAACCAGGAAAUGAUGGUACUUACAAAAUCGAACUUGGGCUAAGCAUAAUAAUAUCUUGUACUGUAGUCUCCAUCACUCGACCUCAGAGAACAUGGAGUAAACGCACUUAUCAAGGAUAUGAAGCUGUUCAAAGCCAAGAGUUCCAGCCAGAAUUUUCAUCGUCAGGCUUUGGAUGGAUAAGUACCAUAAAUAUUCCACAGUUUAACUACACUGAUUCUGGUAAUUAUAAUUGUUCUGGGACAGCAGGGAGUAAUUACAGCAUUGAUUAUGCAACAAUAUCUGUAUAUGGUAAGUAAAUAGCAUAAUUAUUUUCUCUUUGUUUUUUUAGCUUUUCCCUUCUUCUAUUCAUCUCCGUUAUUUCUCUUUUCAUCUCUGCCUCCUUUGAUUUUACCUACCUUAUCACUUUCAAUCCUUGCACAUACCCCUCCCUCCCCCCUUCUACCUCCUGUUUACCCCAAUCCUUUCUUCCCUUCUUCAAUAUCCAUUCUUUCUUUCCAUACUUCUUUCUCUUCUUCCUUUCUUAUUUUCUUUCUUUACUUUCAUUCUCCCCUCCUUUCUUACUUUCUUGCUUCUUUCCUACCGUUCCCUUGCUUCUUUCCUACCUAUUCCUUUUUUACACCUACCGUUCUGUCAGUUUCCCGUCCCUUGCUUUUUCUUCCCUUCUACGAAGGUACUACCUACCUACGUCCUUAUCUUCCUUUGAUCCAACUUUUUUCCCACCUCCACUAACCAGCGCCUCUUCCCUCCUUUCUUUGUUUCAUCUAUAUCUGCUUUCCAUCACCCCUCCUUUUUUCCACUACCCCGGGCACUAAUCUCACCCAUGCUUUCUUUACCAUUUUAGCACCUGUGAUUCUUAUAACGACGUCAAUAAUGCCAGAAAACUAUACCAUUCCAUACAACUCAACGUUCAACGCAGAAAUUAUCCUGCAGGGUUUACCAACCUUUAAUAGGGACUUUCAAAUCGUUGAUUGGCGAACUGAAAAGUUCAGCUCGAUUGAAGGACAAAGAUUUGUGGAUAUUGAUGGUUAUUUGAAAGUUACAGCUCAGUACAACUCGUUCAAAUGUUCAAACACAGGAAUUCAUCGCGCUGUCCUCGAGAUGGAAGAUUAUUCACAGUUCCAGUAUGAACUACCAAGUCCAUUGCUUAUUUCAGGUAUGCUCAUUACUAGAAUUUCCUAGAAAAUUACCACUAUCUAUUAUUUUGAUAUGGAUAUGAUAUGCCUUCGUAUUUAUGGUGAUCUUAUUUUUUCACAGACCCAGACCCUCCACAAAUUACUUCAGUAACAAGCAUGUCACAAUCUACAAUAAAACUAACAUGGAGUGCAGGUCAAUGCAACAUGGGUUAUCCUAGGGAAAUCUCCAUUACUGUAUUCAAACGAAAUGGUGAUCUUCUAAAAGAAAGCAUUUUGAAUGUCACCAGUUAUAAUGAAAGUACUGGUGUCGGUGUUACGUUGGUUGAAAAAGGACAGGAUUUUAAUGAAUCUUACACUGAGUGGAUCAUUAAAGUGUCAUAUAAUGGUACCACUGAACCAGUUUGGAGUCGACCGUCACUGGCUUACUUUGCUACAGUGUCUGGUAUGUAAGGAACUUCAAUGACAACCAAACUAAAUCAAACUGAUCGAUUAUUAGAGUAAUCAAAUAAUCGAUCAUUUUAAAUAAAAACCAUCUAUAUUAUUUUUCUUUGACAGACAGCAUAACUAUCAGUUUUCAGUCUACUUCAUCAUCCAGCUUUUCUGCACGCAUAACUCUAGUGGGUCAUCAAAUCAAGAGGAACGAAUCAGUCACCAUCACAUGUCAGACCUCAGCUGCAGAAACAUCAUCAAACUUUACGUGGUCCAAGAGAACAUUUGGAAAUCGUUCAGCAUUAAGUGGCAAUAAUAUCAGAUCCUGGAAUGAAGACGAAUAUUUGUAUGGUUCUCUGACUUUGGAUUAUUUUGAUUAUAGUCAUUGUGGAGUAUACAGUUGUGAAGUGAACAUUGGGAAUAAGCUACAAGAAGUAGAAAUGCCGCUCAGUAUAGAAGGUACUGUACAUGCACCUGUACUACUUUGUAUACCAUGCCGAUAGUCAAUUGAACAAUGUAACUGUGCCGAACAGCAAGAUGGGUUUACCUAAUUUGAAUGAUUUUACCGGUUUAUAAACUAAAAGUAGUCUAUCACUAUGAGAUAAUUUUUCUUUUCUCAAUUCCCUGAGGCAGACAUGUACACUUUGUUGGGUUUGCAUGUAAUUUAUAGGCGACAAUACACAGAGAUUUUCAAAUUAGCGAGAAACAAGUGAUGUUUGUAAGUAAAAUUAUGCUUCCACUGCGGGUCUAAAAAGCAGCUCAAAGGGUUGCAAAUUACAUGGUGCAGGUCACAUGCUGGUCACAGGUCGCAAAUCAUGUGGUGCAGGAAUUCGACAUUCUGUUGUAGCAUGUGUUUGUCAACGACAACAUAUUUUUUAAUUUGUCUUAAUUUAUGCAAUUUUUUGAAGUACAGUCAGGGACGUUUGCUAAUUUGUUCCUCUGGCUGCUUUAAACUGUAUAUUAAACAAGGUAAUUUCUUAAAGUUUAUUAUUUGCUUUAGUCCGUAUUGUGGGGCUUUAAAUUUUAAUGUUUAGUAAAAAAGAUGUUAUUUAUUUAUUUGAUUUUGCCCAAUAUUAUCGCAAACAUUGUUAUUAGCAAAGUCCCUAACUGUACAUCAAACAAUUGUAACUUAAAUUAUGCCCUCGUGCAGACAAGUAUAGGGACUACAUGUAUCAACAUUCAACGUAUUGUUUACAAACUUGUAGUCCAGAACCACAAUAGAGCGCAGAAUUUCUGCACCUACAUGCACAACAUGUCACUUACGACCUGCGCCAUAGGACAUGUGACCUGCGUUUUAGACCCACCGCUUCUUUCACGCCCUGUCCUUUUAUGUCUUCAAAUAUUUCUGUCAAGAAAAUAUUUCAUCACAGCCUAACAAUACAGUACGUCUAGGCUAUUUUUGCUUCAUAUUGAUUUAAAGCGCUGUAUGACUUAAUUUUAUAAUUAUGCAGAUAUGAUAAAUGCUCACCACUUGCUACGAUUCCUACGAGGCGAUUCUCAAAUCAUUUUACCCCACAAAAUGUCUCAUUUCCGUUGCACUCUUCGGGCUUGAUUUAUUGGUUGUGACAACCUAACACCACAAUCAUUAGAUUUAAGGUUAUAAGAUAUAUACAGAUAUCGAAGGAAGUAGACUAAUUCCCGAAAUAUCACCUGCAGUACUUCAACUGACUUGACUUUGUGACACAGUUGGUAGAACAAUGAACUAGCAAACCAAAGGUGGCUGGUUCGACUCCCACCGCAGUGAAGCAAUUUUUGCAGCUUGCCCAAUGUGGAGAUAAAGUAAAGUAAAGUAAAGUAAUAUAGUAAAGCUCAGUGUGUCCGCCGCGGUGUGAAUGUAAGCAACCUAGGAAUCAGAUGCUUCUUGUCAGGCUAAAAAGAAAACACAUUGAUCUUUUGAUUAAAGGCCCCUCGUCAGGAGUAGUAGUAUUAUAUAGUAAAAGAUCCUAUUGAGGUGCGGUCGAAGUAUAAUUAUGUGCUAUUAUCUUUAAAAUAUUUGGACCUCUAAAUUGAUAGGCAUCUCAUACGCAGUCUGGUUAAUUAAGGUCUUGUAUUCCCAGGACCACUAUAUGAAUAAAAUAUGUGUACGUCUAUUUCAGCACCUAUCCUUGCCGAAUAUGUAGCCAAGAAUUUGAAUUCAAAAGUACACCAUGGUAGUCUGAGAACAAUCAAGUUUUUAUUACUCGGCUAUCCCCAACCACAAACAUAUGCUGAACGAUUGGAUCAACCCGAAAGCUACUGGAGGAAUUAUACAGAUUAUCUACCAGUUUUGAACGAAGACAUUUAUUGGACGGUGGAGCUGAGAAGUAACUUAACUUGUGCAGACACUGGUCUUAUCCGUCUGGUGAUCUUAGAUCAGAAUAUGAUAAAUGUAGUCAACGUAGAGGGGCGAACACCACUGAUUGGUAGGUAUCAUAACCUUGCAGGCAAAAUCCAAUUUGAGUAUACCUACCAUCUAACAGUCAUCAUUGCAGUAUAGUUGGGUCUCAUACGAGGCGGCAGAUAGUGAUAGAUCUUAGAUGUGAAGAAAGUUGUAGGGGCAAGCAAAUCAAACUAAAUGUCUUUAUUUAUAUGCCAGCAAAUACAAGGCUACUAGAUAUAGUAAAUAGAAAUAUACAUUCUUUUCUCACUCCGGCAAAUGCAUGUUGACCCCAUCUGCAUAAUAGUACUUAGUGAAAACCACUUAUACUAUAUGAUGUCUGCCAACAUGUUCAACAGGCAUUAAAAAUUGGCAUCUUUUUGUUAUAAUAUUUCUAGAUCCUGACCCGCCUACUGUCAUAUCUGUGGAGUACCUUUCUGAAUCACAUGCAAAUGUAACGUGGAAAGCAAUAAGAUGUAACUUUGCUAGUGUGAAGAAAAUAAACAUUCAACAAAAUGGCAGUAGUGUGCUUUCAUAUGCAGAUACAAACUGGAACAACGAUACUGAAAUUGGUUAUCAAAUAGUGGAGAAUAUAACGGUUGUGGAGCAUCAAACUUAUUUUUGGAAUGUUAGUGUUGUCUAUGGCGAAGGUGUGGAAGAAGCCACGAGUCAGUCAAGUCCAGUUUUUGAAGCUCCUGUUGUUGGUAAGCUAAGAGUUGGGGUUAAGUAUUGGCGAUGGUGGCAAUGA